AUGAACAAAGCAACCCUCUUUACAGCUCUACCCCCAGAGCUCCAACAUAAAGUCCUCCAACAUCUCGAAUCCUACCACAGACUAACUUUUAUUCAGUCCUCCCGGAACAUAGAACACGCCGUCUCCCGCAACAUCAACUGGCUAAUAAGCCUCCUCAUCCCUUCUUCUGCCAGAAAUGUCGCUUUAGCAACCAUCCACGCCCCCAGACGCGGCCGGCGCGAACACAUCCGCCAGUUCCGCACCCGCGUCAAAGUGUUCAUGGCAGAAUACGAAGCAGGCGUCUACCGAGACAGGCUCCCGAAUCCGUACCUCACCAGCGCCGGCUACCAAAGACGGUUCGCCCACCCGCGAGAGCUGAGCCGUUUUCGCGAUCUUCUCAAUCUACUCAGAGCCAUCGACGUGCUCAUACGAGACCACAUCAGCAAAGUGAGUAGGGAGAGGCAGAAAAGCAAAGACCAAGACGACGAUCUAUGUGCCUCCGCUCUGUGCGGUCAAUCGCGGGACGCCGGAAUGCACGCGGACCUCGGUGUCGGUGUAUUCCUGGCACGGGACAAAUACACCACUCGCAACGAGAAAUACCAAACACGCGUCCACGAAACAUUCUUCCGCCUCGAGCUUUUUCGCAGGCUCUUCUACCGAGACCCCCUUCAACCCCUCUUCUCCAGCGGCGACGCCACUCCCGUCCAAGGCCCAAACCAGGUGUAUUCUUUAAGCUUCCGAGACGCCCGGAUCCACGGAUUCACGACUCGGUGGGAUAACCACCGUCGGGCACGUAUCUGGAAUGCCGAGGGCAUCCGGCUCUGGAAAGUAUGGGAGGGCCACUGGAGCCAGCGGCAUCAAGUGGCUGACAACGACACGAUUGCGUUCAAGAGAAAGGGCGAGGAGAUCGUGCGCCGGAUUCGAGAGAUCCGAUCAGAAGGUGCACUGCAUCUUGCGCGCUUUUGA